AUGAAUAUUGAACAGGAAAACAUAACAAAUACCACUUUAACCAAUACCAAUAACGUUAAUGAUAAACCCAAACCAAAACGUAAGAAAACAUCCAGAGCAUGCAAUCAUUGUCACAAGGCACAUAUGACAUGUGACCCGGGACGUCCAUGUCAGCGAUGCAUUCAAAGAGGAUUAGGUUCGACAUGUGAAGAUGCACCCCGAAAGAGAAAGAAGUAUCUUGAAGACGUACCCAAUUCUUCUUUGAUGUCUAGCCACAGCAUAAAUAGUAGCGAUCAUUUGGACAGUAAUGGCGUAACACCGAUGCAGUCGACUUUACUGCUACCCAUGCCACCUGUACAAGAACUGCCAUUUUCGACAAGUGCACCUACUCAGUCUCAAGUUCCAGCAUAUACUCCAAGCACAGUUCCACAAAGACAGCCUCUGUAUUCACCUCAGGUGGCUUCUAAUUAUUCCCCUAAUCACAAGACCUAUCUGGCAACAUUGUUUCAGCAUAGUGCAACCUCGCCCGAAUUGAUGCAAACAGUCCCAGAAUAUUUCCCGGAACUCCAUAACCAACACUACCAACCAUCAGCAAACCCUAAUCAGAAAAGACGAACAAAUUUCUUGUCAACAGCAGCUGACUUGGAGUAUUCUACAUUAUCAAACAUUCUUCAGGAGAAUUUUGGUCACCACACAACAUCAAAUGAAGGCACACCUAACUCGCAUAACUUUUCACCAGCAUUAUCACCGCAUAAUAUGCCUACAACUGAUACUAAUGCACCACCGCCAUCAAUCCAAUUGGCUUCUAACGAUCAGCGUCAGGUGACAUCUUUUAACAAUCACACCAAACACAGUACGCCGUCACCUUUAAAUACAAGUCAGACCAAACUUUAUGAAGAUGCAAGGUAUCCCAAGUGUGACGAAACAAUUAAUCAAUAUUUUUUGGGUGACACCGAGUCGGGCAAAAUGGUAGUAUUUCCCGACGUUUUAACAGCAAUUGAAAAUAUGAAAAACAACGAUCCAGCGGUUUACGUGGAACGUAAUUCCAAACUGACACUAUCCUUUGCCAUGAGCAUAUCACAUGAAAGCAAUUCUAACAAUGGUAAAGAUGGCCAACUAUUCAAAGAACCAGAGGAAAUAUACGAAAAAGUGAAGAAACCGUUCUCCUACACCCCAGGGUAUCACUCGUUGAUUGCAUAUCUAAGGAAAAGAUUCACAAAGCCAAUGUUAGUGAAAAUGGCCGAAUCAAUGGCCACAUAUAGACCCUCAUUUAUUGCAUGCACAAAUUCAUUGAAAGAACACGACUUGAUAUUUAUGGAACAGUGUUUUCAGAGAACAUUGCUAACCUAUGAUAAUUAUAUAAAAAUUAGUGGCACACCAACAAUUGUAUGGAGAAGAACCGGGGAAGUAGCAUAUGUGGGAAAUGAAUUUUGUGUAUUGACUGGCUGGCCCAAAGAGGAGUUGAUUGGGAAAGAUAAAAGAAAAUUCAUUGUUGAACUACUAGACGAUAAGUCAGUUUUGCAGUAUUUCCAAGUAUUUUCCAGGAUUGCGUUUGGUGAUUUCUUGGGGGCAACCAUGACAGAAUGUACCUUAUUGACGCCAAACCCUAAUGUAAAAAUAAGAACCGGGUGCAUGUGGACCUUGAAAAGAGAUGUCUUUGGUAUCCCCAUGAUGAUUGUAGGAAACUUUUUGCCAAUACUAUAA